CGCAGGUGCAGGUGCGGCAUCCCACCUCUCUACCCCCGGGAGCAUCGCGCGGGGCGGCCAUGGCGCGAGGAGACAUCCCGCAGGACAGCUACCACCUGGUCGGGGUCAGCUUCUUUAUCCUUGGGCUGGGCACGCUCCUUCCCUGGAACUUUUUCAUCACGGCCAUCCCGUACUUCCAGGGGCGGCUGGCGGGGGCCAACAGCACGAUUGUGACCUUGAGCACCAACCACACUGGCCCUGCAGACACCUUCAACUUCAACAACUGGGUGACGCUGCUGUCCCAGCUGCCCCUGCUGCUCUUCACGCUCCUCAACUCCUUCCUGUACCAGUGCAUCCCUGAGACGGUGCGGAUCCUGGGCAGCCUGCUGGUCAUCCUCCUGCUCUUUGCCCUCACGGCGGCGUUGGUCAAGGUGGACAUGACACCCGGACCCUUCUUCUCCAUCACCAUGGCCUCUGUCUGGUUCAUCAACUCCUUCUGUGCAGUUCUGCAGGGCAGCCUCUUUGGACAGCUGGGCACCAUGCCCUCCACCUACAGCACCCUCUUCCUCAGCGGCCAGGGCCUGGCUGGGAUCUUUGCUGCUCUUGCCAUGCUCAUGUCCAUGGCCAGCGGCGUGGAUGCCCAGACCUCGGCCCUGGGGUACUUCAUCACACCCUGCGUGGGCAUCUUCGUGUCCAUCGUGUGUUACCUGAGCCUGCCCUACAUGGAGCUGGCCCGCUACUACCUGGCCAGGAAACCAUCGCUGGCACAAGGUCAGGAGCUGGAGACCAAAGCUGAACUCCUCCGGUCUGAUGAGAAGAACGGGAUUCCCAACAGCCCUCAGAAGGCAGCCCUGACUCUGGAACUUGACCCUGAGAAGGAGCCAGAGCAGGAGCCUGAAGAAACCCAGAAGCCAGGAAAACCUUCCGUUUUCAUUGUCUUCCGAAAGAUCUGGCUGACAGCGCUGUACCUUGUGUUGGUCUUCACAGUCACCCUGUCUGUCUUCCCCGCCAUCACAGCCAUGGUGACCAGCUCCACCAGCCCUGGGAAGUGGAGUCAGUUCUUCAACCCCAUCUGCUGCUUCCUGCUCUUCAACAUCAUGGACUGCCUGGGCCGGAGCCUGACCUCGUACUUCAUGUGGCCGGACCAGGACAGCCGGCUGCUGCCCCUGCUGGUCUGCCUUCGCGUCCUGUUCAUUCCGCUCUUUAUGCUGUGCCACGUGCCCCAGAGGUCCCGGCUGCCUACCCUCUUCCCCCAGGACGCCUACUUCAUCACCUUCAUGAUGGUCUUCGCUGUUUCCAAUGGUUACCUGGUGUCUCUCACCAUGUGCCUGGCGCCCAGGCAGGUGCUGCCACACGAGAGGGAGGUGGCCGGCGCCCUCAUGACCUUCUUCCUGGCCCUGGGGCUGUCCUGCGGAGCCUCCCUCUCCUUCCUCUUCAAGGCGCUGCUCUGAAGGCCCCGUGGAGGGCUCUCCCAGCCGCUCUCUUCUCGCCGCCCCUUCGCAGCCGAGACCCAGGGCAGAGGAGUGGCGAGCCGGAUCAGGCUCUGCUGGGCCGGGGCCCCUUGGUCUGGAGGUGCCAGGAGGAGGCAGGUGCCGUUUCCUUCCCGGCUUCCUCGGGGUGCUGCGAGGAAGACCUCACCACCGGUCAUUCCAACCCUCCCCCAGG